AUGAAUAAUUAGCCUGUUUAUAUGUCUGCUGAGCAAAUCAACGCUUUAUUCCAAAGGGACUCGACUUUUGAGAUGAGAGAUGAUAGAAUUAAUUCAUUUUAGAACGAUUUCAAAAAAAAUGAAGUAUGGGAUUUUAAGUUAGUUAAGACUUUGAAGUCUGAAAGUGUUGAAUGCGAAGAGAACAGACCAACAAAUUAGAGCGAGAGCAUGAUGAUGAGUAAGAAUUAUUUGGCUUAAGGCUUAAAGUAACUAGGGAAGAAAUAUGACAGACGCAAAGAUAUGGAAGAGAAAUAUAAAGAAGAUAUCAAUAGAUUAAUGAGGGAACUUAAACAAAAGUGCAGCGAAUUGGAUUGUAUGAAAAGAGAACAUGAGAUUUUUUUGGAACAGAAUCAAAGACAGCAGAAUAAUCUGAGACUGUAGAUUCAAGAAGCCAACAACAGAGAGUAGAAGGCUGUUAUUGAAUUGGGGGAGUUGUAUGAAUAGAAUAUGUAAGUGAAACAACAAUUGGAGAUUGUCCAAUAGAAGUAUAACAAUUUAUAAAAGCAACACAAAUUUGAAAUUGAUAGAAAGGAUAAACAAAUCGAUUAAUUUAAAAUUCAAAUCAUGCAACUCAACGAGGACAAUGAAAGACUAAAGGCGGAACACCCUACAGGAUUUCUCAAUCUCGAUUCUCAGAGAGUUUCAUAAGAUAAAACACAAAAUCAAUGGGCCUAAUUUAAUUCGAGUGCUUACAAAAGCAGUAUAUAAUUUUAAAAGGAAAAACCAGUUACUCAACUUUAGUUUAAGAGCAAUUACGACUCCAAAGUUAUUUUCGGAAAGAAGUCUCAAAAUACAUUAAAAUACCAAUAGUCACAAUAAGAUUUGUAGCCCAAAGGAUUGUGA